UACCAUCUGAGCUUAACCCCCUUUGACAUUAUGUAUGGGACCCCUCCACCUGUAAUCCCCAGGAUGAGCUCUGAGGCUCUUCCGGAGCACCCUAGAGAGGUACUGCAGGCUGUACAAGCUCUGCAACGUGUCCACAGCCAAGUAUGGCCGGCCCUCCAGGCCAUCUACCAGACAACUGGGCCAAGGAGCGAAAGUAAUAAACAGCCUCAUCACAAUCAUCAGCCAGGGGAUUGGGUGUGGGUAAAAUGGCCUAACAGUAAAACCCUAGACCCUAAAUAAAAAAGACCCUUUCAAAUAAUUCCUGUUACCCCCGCUGCACUCACGGUUGACAGAGUGGCAACUUAGAUACACCACUCCCAUGUGAGACCCGCCAGUGAGGACGACCAGGAGUGGCAACAGGACAAGUGGAAGGCAACAGCAGUCCUGAGAAACCCGUUAAAGUCCAGACUGACCCGAGUGACAGCCGCAGACAAGCCAGAGCUCUGCUGGGGAAAGGGGUUAGAUGGGACUGCUGACUCAAAUCCUCUUCGGACUGCUGGCCAUCCUUUGGGGACUUGGACUCGGGGUUGUGGCUCCCAAGGACUGGACUAAACUGCAAAUAUGUGCCCUGUUAACUAAAACCUGCCAUGGAAAAUGUGGAGAAAAACCUUACCAAGACCCUCACUAGAAAGGCGACGGAGCCUAUUUACUUCUGGUCUCACUACUGAGGGGUUCAAACAAUUUAAACUUCUCCACAGCAAACCAGUUUGUGCAAGCCCGCACGCUCGCGUCGCCUGUGGAAGUCGCCCGGCCGCUAGAGGCCGCCCUCACUUGUGGCCGCCAGGGCAGCGCCCCAACCCGCGGGAGGGCCACCGCGCGCCUGCGCAGUCACCAACCGCCCUCAGCCUGGGCUGCGCCCUCUGCCGGUAGCCGAGCAUGUUCCUCGUCCUCGCUCUGCUCGCCGGGAUCGCUCUGCCGCAGCUCCGCCCCGAUUAUGAAGGAAUAUUCCUGCAUGUUACAGUUCCACAGAAGAUAAUGUCAAAUGAAAGUGAAGCUUCAGAGAGAAAGGUGAUUUAUAUCAUUAAAAUUGAUGGAAAACCAUGUACUCUGCAUCUCAGAAAACACUCAUUCUUAUCUCAGAACUUUUUAGUUUAUACGUAUGAUGAAACUGGAUCUUUGCAUUCUGAGUCUUCAUAUUUUACGAGGCCUUGCCAUUAUCAAGGAUAUGUUGUAGAAUUUCCAAAUUCAUCUGUGACACUCAGUAUAUGUUCGGGUCUCAGCGGAUUUCUUCAGCUUGAAAAUAUCAGCUAUGGAAUUGAACCACUGGAAUCCUCAGCAAGAUUUGAGCACAUAAUUUAUCAAGUGAAAAAUGACAACAUAAAUGUAUCAAUGUUAGCAGAAAAUUACACCAAUAUUUGGCAGAAAGACAAGCCUUUCAAAAUUCAUUUAAGCCCACAGAAACAAUUUUUUUCAAAACUAUUACCCCAAUAUCUAGAAGUGCACAUUAUAGUGGAGAAAGCUUUGUAUGAUUAUAUGGGAUCUGAAAUGAUGGCUGUAACUCAGAAAAUUAUCCAGAUUUUUGGGCUUGUCAACACUAUGUUUACCCAGUUCAAGUUGACUGUUAUACUGUCUUCCUUGGAAUUGUGGUCAGAUAAAAACCAAAUUUCCACCAUCGGGGAUGCUAAUGACAUAUUACAAAGAUUUUUGGUCUGGAAACGGGACUAUCUCAUCCUACGGCCCCAUGACAUAGCAUACUUACUUAUUUACAGGAAACAUCCUAAAUAUAUGGGGGCAGCAUUUCCUGGCACAAUAUGCAACAAAAACUAUGAUGCUGGUCUUGCUGUGUAUCCAGAAGCGAUGAGUUUGGAGGGAUUUUCAGUUACUAUAGCUCAACUGCUUGGCCUUAAUAUAGGAUUAAAAUAUGAUGACAUUGCUAUGUGUUCUUGUCCACAAGCUACAUGCAUAAUGAAUCAUGAAGCACUGAGUUCCAGUGGUAUAAAGAUUUUUAGCAACUGUAGCAUGCAUGACUAUAGAAAUUUUGUUUCAGAAUUUGACAUUAAAUGCCUUCAAAACCAUUCAAAUUUGAAAACAUUAUAUCAAAAUCAACCAGUGUGUGGUAAUGGGAUUUUGGAAACUAAUGAAGAAUGUGACUGUGGUAAUGAAGAGGAAUGCCAAUUUAAAAAGUGCUGUGAUUAUAAUACAUGUAAAUUGAAAGGCUCAGUAAAAUGUGGUUCUGGACCAUGUUGUACAUCAAAAUGUGAGUUAUCAAUAGCAGGCACUCCAUGUAGAAAGAGUAUUGAUCAAGAAUGUGAUUUUACAGAGUAUUGCAAUGGAACUUCUAGUGAUUGUGUCCCUGACACUUAUGCAUUGAAUGGCCAUUUGUGCAGGCUGGAAACUGCAUAUUGUUAUAAUGGGCAGUGCCAAACUACUGAUAACCAGUGUGCCAAGAUAUUUGGAAAAGGUGCUCAAGGUGCUCCUUUUGCCUGUUUUAAAGAAGUUAAUUCUCUGCGUGAUAGAUUUGGAGACUGCGGUUUUAAAAAUUUACAGCCAUUACCUUGUGAACAGAAGGAUGUUCUCUGUGGAAAAUUAGCUUGUGUUUGGCCACAAAAUGAUACUUAUAAAAGUGAUGUUCAAACUGCAGUUUAUUCAUAUAUUAAAGACCAUGCCUGUCUGUCUAUAGCCACUGGGUCAUCCAUGAGAUCAGAUGGAAGAGAUAAUAGUUAUGUUGCUGACGGCACUGUGUGUGGUCCACAAAUGUAUUGUGUAAAUAAAACCUGCCAGAAAGCUCACUUAUUGGGAAAUCACUGCAAUGCCACUACAAAAUGCAAAGGGAAUGGGAUAUGUAAUAAUUUUGGUAACUGCCAAUGUUUUCCUGGCCAUAAGCCUCCAGAUUGUAAAUUCCAGAUCGGUUCACCAGGGGGCAGUAUUGAUGAUGGAAAUUUUCAAACAUCUGAUAUAUAUUUAUUUAAAAAAGGCUACAAUGCACAUCAGAACAACUGGCUUAUUCUGAGUUUCUACAUUCUUCUACCAUUUCUUAUAACUUUCACCAUUGUGAUCAUUAAGAGAAAUGAAAUGAACAAAUCAUGCAACAGAGAGAGCACAGGAGUAAUUCAUCCAUUGCACCAGAAAGCUAUGACGUGGUAUAUUGAUACUGCCAAGAACUUCACCAGCAGGUGGUCUGGAGGAGAACUUGUGAUUCAUAACCCUUCUUUCGCCUUUGAAUGCAUUUUAAAUGUCAAACUUUUGGAAAAUAAAGCCCAUGUGUGCAGAAACGCAGGCUCUCGUGUGCCUCCACAAGUACAGCGGGCUGUGGUGGGCAGUCCCGGGACUGCAAACUCCGCUGGCCGCUUUGGGCCUAGUCUACACCCUGUGUCCCCCACUGCCCUGUGGCUCUGCUCUGCCUCCCUGGCCCUGGCAAGUGCCCGGAGGCCAGUGGCCACAAGCUGCCUCCAUUCCACCCCUAAAAGCCAUUACUGUGAUGAGCUCGGCUGGCCAAGCAAUGCUGCCUUUUUUGGUGAUCCUCUAAGGCCUGCUCCAGCUGACCUCCGUGGGUCACUGUAAAUGAAGACUCUUGCU